AUGGAAAAAAAUGCAAGAUUUUAGUUCCAAAAUUAUUUUUAGUUGAUAGGAAUUAUGGCAUCGAUCUCGGUUUUGAGUCCUGAGCGGCGAAUUGAGCUAAAUCCAUUUGAUACGGACGCCUGGAAUAUUCUAAUCAGGGAGACACAGGUAAAAUUAUAUUAUUCUUUCAGAGUAAUAAUUAUUUUAAGGCUCGGGCAAUUGAUCAGGCUCGGAUCUUCUAUGAAAAAUUGGUAUCUCAGUUUCCAAACUGUGGAAAAUACUGGAAAAUAUACAUUGAGCAUGAGCUUCGUGCUAAGAACUUUGAGAAUGUUGAAGCUGUAAGUUGACAGAUUACUUAUUUUAUUGUCUUUCAAAUUUUAGCUUUUCGAACGAUCUCUUAUUAAUGUUCUAAAUAUUGAUCUCUGGAAAUGUUAUCUCUUCUAUUUGAAAGAAACAAAAGGACAUCUUCCUGGGUUUCGGUAAGUGUUAUUGUAUCCAUGUCAAACAGUAAUUCUUCAGUGAGAAAAUGGCACAAGCUUACGAUUUUGCCCUCGAGAAUGUUGGUCUGGAUGUAAACGCUUACUCAAUUUACAACGAUUACAUAACUUUUUUAAAGACAGUGUGAGUCUUUACAUUUUUUUGAUUUAAUUCAUUAUUUAGUCCUGCGGUUGGUCAAUAUGCCGAGAAUCAGAGGAUUUCGGCCAUCCGUAAAGUUUUCCAGAGAGGCGUGGUUACACCAAUGAUGCACAUUGACAGUCUUUGGAAUGAGUAUUGUAGUUAUGAACGGGUAAGUUGGUAUUCGAAUUGUUAAAUGCACUUUAAAAUUUUAUUUCAGGGGAUAAACGCCACAUUAGCAGAGAAAUUGAUUGCGGACAAGAACAAGGACCAUCAGAAUGCGAGAAGAGUAACAAGGUUGAUGGAACAGUUUACUCGAGGUCUCAAUCGAAGUGCCGUGAGUGUCCCGCCUCGAGGUACUGGAGCCGAAUUGAAACAGGUUGAGUUGUGGAGGAAGUACAUUCACUGGGAAAAGAGUAAUCCUUUGAAUCUGGAAGAAUAUGCAAAUUUUUCAAAGAGAGGUAAGCUAUAUAUUUUAUUCUACUUUUAUUAUCUAAUUUUUUUGUAUUUUAGUGAUAUACGCAUAUGAUCAGGCUUUACUCUGCCUCGGCUAUCUGCCUGAUAUUUGGUACGAGGCCGCCCAUUUCCAACAAUUGGCGGCAAAAAAUCUGAAGGACAAGGGGGAUGUCAAACAUGCCAAGGAUAUCUUCGAUGGAGUGGUUAAACUUUAUGAGAAGGCAUUGACUGGUCUUAUGAAGGACAGUCAAUUGUUGUAUUUCUCUUACGCUGAUUAUGAAGAAGAAAGGAAUAACUUCGACGCGGCCAAAAAGAUUUAUCAUAGACUCUUGGAUAGAAAAGAUGUCAAUCCAACUCUGGUAAGCAAUGUUGAUUUAUGAACUUCUUUGGGGUUCAAGAGUAAAUAAAUAUUAUUUUAGGUAUACAUACAGCUGAUGAAGUUCACCAGAAGGACUGAGGGUGUGAAACAAGCGAGGACUAUAUUCAAACAGGCCAGGGAAGACCCGAGGUCUUCAUAUCACAUCUUUGCCGCCGCUGCUUUGAUGGAAUAUUAUUGCAGUAAGGACACUGCUGUGGCCAUGAGAAUAUUCGAUUUGGGAUUGAAGAAGUUCGGAGACGACCCCAAUUAUUGUUUGGCUUACACUGAUUUCCUAUCGCACUUGAAUGGUAAUUAUAGAGAAGAAUAAGUUAUAAUUGAUUUAAUAUUUUAGAGGACAAUAACACCCGAGUUGUAUUUGAGCGAAUUUUGAGCAAAACUGAUGGAAAGCUGGCUGCUGAGAACUCGAUGUAAGUGUUUGCAGUGACUGGAUUGAGUCAUUUAUUUAUAAUUAUUGUUGAUGUUUUAGUGAGAUCUGGGAUCAAUACCUUGAUUUUGAAUCUCAAGUUGGAGAUCUGGCAAGUGUGUUGAAAGUUGAUUCUCGAAGAAGAGAGGCUAUGAAAGAUCAGUAUGAGGAUAAACAAGCAAUCUUGUUGGUGGAUAGAUACAAAUUUCUCAAUCUUUCUCCAUGCACAUCUGAUCAGCUCAAGUUUAUGGGAUAUAAUGUAAGUUUUGACACCGUUAUUGAGUUGUAUGUGAACGUUACUUACGCUGUUCAUGUUACUUUUUUUGUUCAGAAGGGUUCGCGCCAGUCUUCAAACACACAGAAUGGUGUGAUUGGUUCCGUUUCCUCCCAGCCAUCCACUUCUAAUGCCAAGUCACUGGAGAUUGGAGGGUUCCCGAUGCCAGAUACCGACCAAAUGUUACCUUUCAAGCCUACUGCUUCAGGAAUAGUGACUUCUCAUCCAGUCCCAGGGGGUGCUUUUCCUCCUCCUCCUGCUGCAGCCAUGCUUCUUCAGAUGUUGCCGCCUCCUUGGUGCUUCGAAGGACCGUUUGUUAAUCUAGAUUUCCUUAUGGACUCCCUUGCAAAGUUCAACAAAGAAAGUGAGUACUUUUUGAUAUAAAAUAAUACGAUUUUUAGUGCCCAAAUCCGAUAUCAAAGACCCACCGCUUGACCCAAAUGCCACUUUUGGCGGAGUGAAAGCUUCAGAGAUUAGAAAAGAGUUUUAUCAGACAUUGUCCACUACAACAGACCCGGCAGUGGUAAGUCUUUGUAGGCUUUUUUGGAAUCUCCGGUUUGUUUUAGGUCCUAGCUCAUCCAGAAUAUGCACAAAAGAAGAGACGAGCAUGGGGCGAGGACGAUGAUGACAUCAACGGCAGUGGAGACAUAUUCAAAAAGCGCAUGAACAUGAGGGCCGAGGUGUAA